GUGGCCUGCUCCUUGUUGGUAAAUUCCACGCGAAAAAAGACAUAACUUUACUCAGCUGAAAAAGCUAUAAAACUACUUUCUUUUGAUUAGAUCACAUUAUCUWGUCAAAGAAAGAAGACCCUUCUUAGGAUCUGUCUACAAUUUCCAUAUAUUUCCGUGAGAUUUCUACGUUUUGGCUUUGACUACAUCAUGGGUUUGAGUAUAUCUAGUCUGUUCAAUCGCCUCUUUGGCAAGCAAAAUAUGCGUAUUCUAAUGGUUGGACUUGAUGCAGCUGGUAAAACUACAAUACUUUAUAAAUUAAAACUUGGUGAAAUUGUAACUACAAUCCCUACAAUUGGUUUUAAUGUCGAGACUGUUGAAUACAAAAAUAUUUCCUUCACUGUAUGGGAUGUCGGUGGUCAGGAUAAAAUUCGACCAUUGUGGAGACAUUACUACACUAAUACACAGGGUCUUAUAUUUGUUGUAGAUAGUAACGACAGAGAGAGAAUAACUGAAGCUGCUGAAGAAUUAAGGAGAAUGCUAGAUGAGGAUGAGCUUCGAGAUGCCCUUUUAUUAGUAUUUGCCAACAAGCAAGAUCUMCCCAAUGCUCUUUCCAUCACAGACAUUACAGACAAACUUGGUYUGCAUCAACUACGUGGCAGAAAAUUCCAUGUUCAAAGUGCCUGUGCAACCCAAGGAACUGGACUUUACGAGGGUCUUGACUGGCUUUCACAAGAACUUUCCAGAUAAACAAUGAACUAUUGAGUAUUUACAAGAAUCCAAAGCUAAUGCCAAGCAUAUAGGAGCAGUAUUUGUAAAUUGAUAUAUCUCUGUAGGAAAACUAAUAGGGACAGCGGUGCAUUUAUCUCAACAUUCAUAAAUGAAAAAAAUAUGCUUUUAAAAGGAUCAGGAAUUAAGAGUGAGAUUGUUUCUCUGUUUUUAUCAAUGAAAUGGCCUCACUUUGUUGACUAGUUACAGCUUAUCAAGCAUAUAGAUUUUACAAUGUGUAGAUUGUUUAUUGUAAUCAUGAUAGAAAAUUGUUGUAAUACGACUUGUAGAAAUUUUUCCUUGUAGGUUUUUCAAUGGCUUUCUCUGCAGAUGCACUUCAACCAUAAUUUUUUUUAUGGAGCUAUAUAAUAACUGCAUUAUUUUCAUUACAAAGAUGACAACUUUGUUGCAUUGUAUUAGCAGUAUUGGUAUUAUGACCUUGAAUUGCAAAGAUAUGCUUGUCAAAUGCCAUCCACACUUCUAGUGAAGUCCACUUUAGCUCCUUUACAUGACAGAAGCUUGUAUACAUUUUUUGGAAAGACGUAUUUGCAUGUUUAAGUUUUCAAAACAAAUUUAUUGUCCRAUAUUCUCUCAAAUUGGCCCAUUCUAGUGUUCUAGUUAACAAAUUAUGGUAAUAAAUUAGUGUUUGCAACAUAUAGGUAGCUAUAAAAGUAUUUGUUAAAGAGGUAUCUAUAGUAGGUAGAAUGCAAUUCUUUUUGAUUGAGACUUCUUGCAGUGACAUAAAUUGUUCCAUGCUUGGUUGUGAUAAUUGGAUAAUAAUUAUGAUAUUUCCCACUGCAAAGAAUCUCAAGUCAUUAUUUUUAAUGUGUAAGGUUUUGUCAUCUGAAAGCCAGGUACAUUUUCAUAUUGGAUUUWAARMAAACUUUGGUGGAAUACAUCUGGUUUAGUCUUUUUUCAUUGCCUAAGUUGCAYGUUGAGACAGUAGCUUUGUUACAAUAUAAGGUUGAGAAUCAUUUGSUUCUUGUUUCAACUMAMUKUGGMMAUUUGAAAUCCAAUGUGAAAAUGGAACUSCAUUGCUACUUUAAGUACAGGAAACAGCAUUGCUUAGUGAGCUCAUCAUAAAGUGUUGUCCUAAAUAUUUUGAAAUCAAUAAAGUAAUGUAAGAUUUUUCAAUGCA